AUGUGGAGGCGGCAUGGUGUCGCACGCGCCGUGUGCGUGGUGUGUGUAAACACACCUCCAUCGGUCUGGUCACGUCGGCGCGAUGCUAGAAAGUUAAUCGCUAAAGUUCGCUUUGGCCUGUUGGCCCUUUUGGGCGGCCGAGUUGUCAGGCCAGAGUACGUGUUGAAGCAGCUGGUGACGAGCUUAGUUACAGGCGGCCAGUGUGAGUACAAAUUUGGCAUAUCACAACAGCAAACCGAAAAACUGGCCAUCGAAUGCGACGAAGAGAGGAAAGCGAUGCUCAGGCAACACAAAGUGUUUGCUCAACCUGUCUGCAAACAGCAUUUCGUCAGAGGCGUCCCACAUUCUCCGCAGCAGACCUGGCGGUACACCGAGCCAGAGCACCACUUCCAAGCGAACACAAAAGAAAUAAGUGCCCUCGGGACGCGAGUCUGGGGUGCGUGGUUCAGGCUCCCUGAAUAUCUUCAAAUGUCCCUCCCAUUCACACCCCACACACAAAAGGCUCGGAUAGCCCUGGUCGGGUUAUAA